AUGGCCAAAGUUAGCAAAGACGUCUCUAGCUCCAGAAGCAAAUCCAGAAAGGCUUACUUCUCUGCCCCAUCUUCUAUCCGUCGUAAGUUCUUGAGUGCUCCUUUGUCUAAGGAAUUGCAAGAACAAUACGGUGUCAAGUCUUUGCCAGUCAGAGCUGACGAUUCUGUCAAGGUUGUCAGAGGUUCUAGAAAGGGUCAAGAAGGUAAGAUCUCUUCUUCUUACAGAUUGAAGUUCGCUAUCCAAGUUGAAAAAUUGGCCAAGGAAAAGUCCAACGGUACUUCUGUCCCAAUUAACAUUCACCCAUCUAAGGUUGUCAUCACCAAAUUGCACAUGGACAAGAACAGAAAGGAAUUGAUCCAAAGAAAAGGUGGUAAGGUUGAUGCUUAA